CCCGCCUGUUGCUUGCAGCCGUCGCAUCGAUGGCCGCCGUGCAGUGGAGCCCAUGGCUGACCUGGCCUUCAGCGUGCCUUUCUUUUUGUCCAUUUAAUGGAGCCAUUUCCCCUAUGAGGCUCCAUGAUCGCGUAAGAGGAGAAGCAGAGGGAAAUCAGCUCUUUUCAAUCUCCAUAUCGACGCGUUUGAAAGCUGGAAUCCAGUGCGGGGCCAAAAUCCUCCCUUUUCUCCACCGUCCUACUCAGUGUUUCCUUUGUACCCCCCAAAAGCUCACCUUUUAUCCCUCUUAACUUCGUCGUUAGUUCGUCCAUCUUCGGAUCUAUAAGCGUCCCUGUUUUCAUCCAAUCAUCCCGGCGCCUUUCUCUGGUUCGUCGUCUAAGGGAGAUUGCAGCGUUUUGCAAGAUUUGCUUUUGGUAAGAUCAAAGACUUGGGAGGCACUUUUAGCUGGGAUGAGGGAUGUUAACUUUGUUGAUAAACUUCCUGCGUAGUUGCUGGCGGUCAUCAUCAAAGCAUCAUUCAAGUUCAAGUUCUGAUGAAUUUGGUCGACAAGAUGGAGUCCUUUGGUACAAGGACUAUGGUCAGCAUGCUUAUGGUGAGUUCUCAAUGGCUGUCAUCCAGGCUAACAACUUGCUUGAAGAUCAGAGCCAGGUUGAGUCUGGUUCUCUGAGCAUGCUCAAUUCUGGUCCUUUUGGGACUUUUGUUGGGGUUUAUGAUGGUCACGGCGGACCUGAGGCGGCUCGAUACAUCUGUAACCAUUUGUUUUUCCACAUGAAGAGAUUUGUAAACGAUCAAAAGUUCAUGUCUGUGGAUGUCUUGAGGAAAGCAAUCCAAGCUACAGAAGAUGGCUUUUUAUCUUUAGUAUCUAAAGAAUGGCCGCUAAAUCCUCAAAUUGCUUCUGUUGGCUCUUGUUGUCUUGUCGGGGUAGUUUGUGAUGGCAAAAUUUAUGUUGCUAACCUUGGAGAUUCAGUGGCUAUUCUGGGGAGGUUUGUCAGAGCAACUGGGGAGGUUCUGGCUCUGCAGUUGUCACCUGAGCACAAUGCAUCAAUUGAGUCUGUUAGAAAGGAGCUGCAAGCAUUGCACCCUGAAGAUUCAAAGAUUGUGGUACUGAAGCACAAUGUUUGGCGUGUUAAGGGCCUUAUCCAGAUUUCCAGAUCCAUAGGUGAUGCAUACCUUAAAAAGGCAGAAUUUAACAAGGAGCCACUCUAUGAAAAAUUUCGCCUGAAGGAAACUUUUAAGAAACCGAUACUUAGUGCAGAGCCAUCAAUAUCUGUCCAAACAGUGCAUCCUGAUGAUAAAUUUCUUAUUUUUGCCUCUGAUGGGCUGUGGGAGCAGAUCAGCAACCAGGAUGCUGUUAGCAUUGUUCAGAAGAACCCCCGUCAGGGAAUUGCUCGUAGGCUUGUGAUGGCUGCUUUACAACAAGCAGCAAAGAAGAGGGAGAUCAGAUACUCUGAUAUCAUGAAGAUUGGUCGAGGUGUGCGCCGCCACUUUCAUGAUGAUAUAACUGUAGUAGUUUUAUACCUGGACUCCAAUAUUGUAAGCGAAGCAAGCUCAGUUUCUUUAAGAGGGGGGGAAAUCACCCUCCCUGCAAAUUCUUUAUCACCAUUUACGGUGCCUAUGGAGUUUAAUGACUCCUAAUGUAAGUAACAUUUCUUUGCUGGUGAAAGUAAGUUUGAGCAAAAUAGGUGCACUUCAUAUAGUGUAAUCAAUAGUGAGCAGAGAAAUAAGUAGUUUUACUAUCAAGUUAUUACUACUGUAAACUUGGGUUCUGUUAGAUGUGUAGAUAUGGGGAUGAUAUCCAGAAAUUCUUUCAUUGUUCUUAUAGUCGCUGCUUCACAGUUUUUUCUCAUUGGGGUAAAUUUCAUAAAAUUAUUUGUAGCAAUUUGUUAUAUACUUUUCUUUCUUGUCCUUUUAUAUGGAUUCUAAUUAUUUCUCUCUA